CAGAGGCCCCUCGCAGAGGAUUCGACGGUUGAAGUGAUCUCAUCGUAUGGCUCGUGUGAAUACUCCGCAGAUCAAAACUGCUACGAGGUACAGCUUCACCUGUGCCCAGCAAAGCUUUUCCUUGUUGACUAGUAGUUUCGUUGAAUUCAAAUCAAAUUAUUACUUUUUGCAUGAGAGCUACAAAUAUGCCAAUAGAUUUUUUUCUCCAAGAACUUUCUUCUCGUCCGCAAUGUUAUCCGCCUUUCUCUCGUCUCUAAUCCCGUUCCGGUCAUGUCUACCCGCGACGCCAUAGUGUGGUGGACGAAGGUCUUUCGGCUAGACAAGCGGCCCAAUAUCCGCACUUGCAUUCCAACGGCCAGGUCUUCAUCAUUCCAGACGGUAAAGUUUCCGAAGAGGAACUAGCAGAGCACAAACAACGACACGCAGAAAUGAUGGGCAGAAUCGACCAUGUUUAUGGGUUUUCGUAAAAAUGAAAAUGGUACUUAUAUAGAUAGAAGUACUGUAGUCGUGCGAGUAAGUAUGUUGCGUGGGGGACGUGCAGUACUUCUAUUGCUAGUAUGGUAUGAUUGCUAGAGUACGUCGCAGUUUUUUAUGGUUCUUGCAGUUCGUUCCAGUACUAUGUUGCAAAUAGUUGCUAGUAGUUCUAGGACUGGGUGAAGUGCCCCUCAGUUUACUCAUCUUGAGUCCCAAAUAUUCAUCGCUGCCUUCUAAAUAGUCUCUACGCAUGAUCUGCAUCAUCGUUGUUCUUGUCGAACAGGAUGUAUUUUUGUCAUCUUCACAAUUUUCAUGAUUCAGAAGUACCAGACACUGAAGUCGGUAAAGCGACAGCCUCGGGACAGAAGUCUCCUGAAGCACGACAGGCUAGUGAGGCUUAUGAGGUAUGAUGUUAAGGGUAUGACUCAUACAGGAUUGAUAAUAUCCCGCGACUUGGAGACAAGAUUUGAGUCUUCAAGAAUCGAUUAACAACAACAAGGGUUUCUUUUAUAACCCUUACCUUGUUGACUUGAGUCAAGACGCAACUACAGUACGUAGUGGAAUGUUUUUCUGUCGGUUCUUUCACGUGCCCUUAUUUCAUCUUUUUUGCCAAGCGUUGGGAAGAAAAUAGUGCCUGGAGAGAGGCCUCCUGGGUAUUUGACACGCU